AGAGGGUCCUCCACUUCCGCGCCGAUUUCUGUGUGGAGGGGGGGGCCCGGAAUCUGCUGUCGCCCGUGCCCGCCUCGCGCUCCUGCAGCUCGUCCCCAUGGCUAACCUGGAGUUCUUCGGCGCGCAACAGUCGCCGGCCACUGCUGGUAACGGGGCGACGGACGGCGCCGAGGAGGACCCCGCCGCUGCCUUCCUGGCGCAGCAGGAGAACGAGAUCGCGGGCAUUGAGAACGAUGAGGGAUACGGCAUCCUGGAGAGCGGCGACGUGCCGGAGGCGCUGCAGGCGGCGGACGGCUUCGACUCUGGUGCUGUUGAUGGAGUGAUGAAUGGAGUUGCCUAUCAGGAGAGCAAUGGUCCAACAGACUGCUAUGCUGCCAUAUCACAAGUAGAUCGACUGCAGUCAGAACCAGAGAGCAUUCGUAAGUGGAGAGAGGAGCAAAAGGAGCGCCUUGAGCAGCUUGAUGCUAACUCAAGAAAACAGGAAGCAGAAUGGAAGGAGAAAGCAAUAAAGGAGUUGGAAGAGUGGUAUGCCAGACAAGAUGAAAAGCUCCAGAAGACAAAAGCUAGCAACAGGGCAGCUGAAGAAGCCUUUGUGAGUGAUGCAGAAGAUGUUUUUCCGGGCACUGAGUGGGAACGUGUGGCUCAGCUCUGUGACUUUAAUCCCAAGUCUAGUAAGCAGGCUAAAGAUGUGUCCCGCAUGCGUUCAGUCCUCAUCUCACUCAAGCAGGCUCCGCUGGUUCGCUGAAGGAAAGCACAAUGGAAACACUACAAAUGCAAUAUCUUAACCUUACUCAGAGAAGCUAUGUUUGCUGUAAUUGGAUUGUUUCGAUGUUUUUGUUGGACCAAACACGAUGUAUCUAGAGCUGAUCAUUGUUCGAUUGCAUGUUCUUCCUCAUGUUGUCUUUGUUUUAAAUGAGAGAACCUCCUGAACUGUAGUCUCUGUUCUUUUUGCACUGAGAAGUCACUUCCAGCGUUACUGAAAUUAAAGAUGUGUUAAACUGCAAA